UCUAACUUUUUACCUUUUUUUGUUAAAAGUAUAGAAUUGCAAUAAAAUUGCGUGAUAAAAGGAGCUCAAGGUAUACAUUUGAAUUCAAUUUUCGGGUUUUUUACGCUACUAUACCGCGACGUCUUGUCAUUUGAAACACCAUUUAGGAAUCGAACAAUUCGGACAUCGACGACAUUGUUAGAUCGAUCGACACCGUGCUUGGCACCGAUCGUCGCCGUAGACCGCGGCAGACCGCGGGCGUCGAACACGCGGCGGCGGAAAGGUACGGCGACGUCGCGUCGUUGAUCGCACCACGCGCUCACCCGCUCGGGAGGAUCCAUUUACGUGGACCGGAUUGCCGCCGCGCUUUAAUUCUCGUUUCCUUCCCCUUGGUCGUCGCGAGCCUCGUCAAGGAUGGCCGAUAUCAAGCAGGAGCACAAGGGCGAGGACGUCGACAGCUACGGCAUGGGCAACAGCGCCGACCCGAAGAACAUGCAGGAGCUAACGCAAUACGUGAGUCCGCGUAUUUACGCACAGGAUGACGAUGACGCAUCCGGGGACGAUCCGUCGCGACGCGACCCUGACGCUACGUUGACUCCUUUGCAGGUGCAAACGCUGUUGCAGAACAUGCAGGACAAGUUUCAAACCAUGUCCGACCAGAUUAUCGGAAGAAUAGAUGAAAUGGGCAACAGAAUAGACGACUUGGAAAAGAAUAUUGCAGACCUAAUGACACAAGCAGGGGUCGAAGGAGCUGAUAAAUAAGCCCAUUCUUUUCUCAACGCACUGAUCUAAGUAAUAACUUAUCUAUAAAAUACCAGUCAUACUUAUUGUCAUGGAAAAGAAAUAUAUAGUGAGAAACCCAUCCUUUUGUUACAAAAAUACAAAAAAUAAACACUUUUUUAGAAACA